AUGUACAUUUCCCCAGCUCUUGGCUUCAUCCUCCAGUGCCUCAAGGCUCAUGCACUUGAGGAAAAGGGCAUUCUUCAACAGAACCCGCCGGGCAAGUGCAAAAAAAUCACGAUUAAGGGCGAGAACAAGUCGUCCGAGGACUUGUCGGAGGAUAUCAGCUGCGACAAGGACAACAAUGGCCAUACCUACGUGACGCCGGCCAGCACCACCGCCGCACAAUUGCCUUCCCCUGCGAGACUUGGGUCGACGUCAGCCUAUUGCGAGUAUGACCUCCAGGUGGCUGGUCCUCCAGACACGACCACGAAGCUGCAGUAA